AUGGGGCCCAGUUUGUUUGUGAAAGUGAAAUCCAAGGGCAGAAAGUGGUUGCAGGCCGCUCCCCGGGAAUCCUCGACUCCUUCGCCACAAACACUUUUGCCAACAUCAUCUCGGCCUGCAUCCCAACUAGAUACUCGACCAACAUCUCAGCCAACGUCUUCUCCACCUACCUCGACGGAUACCAAUACCUCAUCGCUACCGAGCCUACAAGAGCGACUUUGGAAUGAGGCCUACGAUGGGGUCAAAGCGAGCGAACCCAAACUGGUCGGGGCGUACGAGAAGAUCUUAUCAACUGAACUGCAUGGAGACGACCCAAGCUCUGUUAUUCCCGAAUCAACAGACAACGAGAUAGGAGAGACCCCGGGGACACGAAGCGGCCAAAUGCAACAGCUGGUUCAGGCUGGACUGGAUCGGACGCAGAAGCAAGCGUCCAUCAAGCGAGGCAUCGACGAAGGCUUGCAAGCAGUGCAAGAAGUCAAGAGAGUAGUAGACAAGGCGAUGCAUGCCGCUCCCGAAGCCGCCGUCGCCUGGGUCGGCGUCUGCCUCGGACUAGAGGUGUGUAUCCUUUCGAACCCCGUAACCGAGGCACGGGACAACCGCAAAGGCAUCGUCUACGUCCUGUUGAGAAUAGAGUGGUACUGGAACUUGGUGUCCCUGCUUCUCGACGAGAACAAGGCCGAGCAAUCUUCUGCGGGACUGCGAGCCCAAUUAGAGAAGCAUGUCGUGCAGCUCUACGAGAAACUCCUCGCGUAUCAGAUCAAGAGUGUCUGCCUCUACCACCGCAACUGGGCAGCCGUCAUCGGAAGGGAUCUGUGGAAAAUCGAUGACUGGGCUGGCCAGCUCAACGAGAUCAAGGAAGCCGAGGCUGCCGUGCAAAGAGACAUGGAUCAAUACAACAGCGAGGACAGCAAGAUACAGCUUCGGAAACUCAUCGACGUCGCAGGUGCUCUAGAGAAGCAACAGGAGAAGAGGCACCAGGACGACGGGGACAAGCAAUGCCUGAGAGACCUGCUCGAGACUGACCCUCGCGACGACAAGACGCGCAUCGAAGACACGAAGGGCGGCCUGCUUAGGGACUCGUACCGCUGGAUUCUUGACCACGCCGACUUCCAGCGAUUUCGCGACGAUCCGCAGAGCCGGCUGCUCUGGAUCAAGGGUGACCCUGGUAAAGGCAAGACCAUGCUCCUAUGCGGCAUCAUCGACGAGCUAAAGAAGGGACCCAACAGUCUCUUGUCCUAUUUCUUCUGUCAGGCCACUGAGGCUCAACUGAGCAAUGCGGCGUCUGUGCUACGUGGCCUCAUCUACCUCCUCAUCCUCCAGCAACCAUCGCUUAUUUCGCACGUCCGGUCAAAGCACGAUGUUGCGGGCGAGAAACUCUUCCAGGGCAUCAAUGUCUGGGUGUCUCUGGUUGAGAUAUUCACGGACAUGCUGAAGGACCCGACCUUGAAAGACGCAGUCUUGAUCAUUGACGCCCUUGACGAGUGCACUACCGAUCGGCCCAAGCUUCUUGACUUCAUCAUUCAAUCGUUGACGAUAUCUUCAUCCCCGGUCAAGUGGAUCGUGUCUAGUCGCAACUGGCAGGACAUUGAGGAGAAACUCGACCGUAUAGAACAGAAGGUCAGGCUUCAACUCGAGCUAAACCAAGACUCCAUCUCUAAGGCUGUCGACACAUAUAUUGAGUGCAAGGUGGAGGAGCUGGCAGGUCUUAAGAACUACGAUAAGAAAACAAGGGACGCCGUUAAGAACCGCUUAACCUCCAAUGCUGACGGCACCUUUCUCUGGGUGGCCUUGGUUUGUAAAGAGCUCGCAGACCCCAAGGCCCGAAAGCGGCAUACGCUCUCUAGGUUGCAUUCUUUCCCCCCUGGGCUGGAUUCUCUAUAUGGCCGAAUGAUAGAGCAUAUCCGUGAUUCGGAGGAUGCUGACCUUUGCAAGGAGGUUCUGGCUAUUGCCUCGGUAGUGUAUCGACCUGUCACCUUGGAUGAACUGAAGGUUCUUGCUGAGUCACUUGAGGAUAUUGACCCGGACGACCUGAAAGACAUUAUUGGCUCCUGUGGCUCUUUCUUGACCCUUCGGGAGAGCGUUGUUUACUUUGUGCAUCAGUCGGCGAAGGAUUACCUACUCAGCAAGGCAUCCUGCCACAUCUUGCCUUCUGGCACCGCGCACCAGCACCAUACCCUUUUCUCGAGGUCGCUAGCGGCUCUGUCAGAGGCCCUGCGACGCGAUAUUUACGGCCUAAGCACCCCGGGAUUCUCCAUCGAUCAGGUCUCGCUGCCCAAUCCCGACCCAUUGUCUUGGAUCCGAUAUUCAUGCAUCUAUUGGGUCGAUCAUCUCGUCGACUCCAAUCCCACAAGCAGCCAUAAGGAUCUUCAGGAUAGCAGCGUUAUUCAUGGAUUCAUCCAAAAGAAAUACCUGUAUUGGCUAGAAUCUCUCAGCCUCUUACGCAGCAUGUCGGAGGGAGUCCAGGCGGUGUACAAACUCGAGGCUUUGGUGACCUAUGCGUCGGCACUCGUGUUCAGCCCCGAACGCAGCCUCAUUAGAGAACUCUUCAAGAAGGAAGAGCCAAAUUGGAUGAUACUGAAACCAAGAAUGGAAGCGGAUUGGAACGCCUGCGUGCAGACGCUCGAGGGCCAUGGCGGUUCGGUGAGGUCGGUGGUGUUCUCGGCGGAUGGCCAGCGUCUCGCAUCGGGCUCGGACGACAGGACGGUCAAGAUCUGGGACGCGGCCACGGGCGCGUGCGUGCAGACGCUCGAGGGCCAUGGCGGUUGGGUGAGCUCGGUGGUGUUCUCGGCGGAUGGCCAGCGUCUCGCAUCGGGCUCGGACGACAGGACGGUCAAGAUCUGGGACGCGGCCACGGGCGCGUGCGUGCAGACGCUCGAGGGCCAUGGCGGUUUGGUGAUGUCGGUGGUGUUCUCGGCGGAUGGCCAGCGUCUCGCAUCGGGCUCGGACGACAGGACGGUCAAGAUCUGGGACGCGGCCACGGGCGCGUGCGUGCAGACGCUCGAGGGCCAUGGCGGUUGGGUGAGCUCGGUGGUGUUCUCGGCGGAUGGCCAGCGUCUCGCAUCGGGCUCGGACGACAGGACGGUCAAGAUCUGGGACGCGGCCACGGGCGCGUGCGUGCAGACGCUCGAGGGCCAUGGCGGUUUGGUGAUGUCGGUGGUGUUCUCGGCGGAUGGCCAGCGUCUCGCGUCGGGCUCGGGCGACAAGACGGUCAAGAUCUGGGACGCGGCCACGGGCGCGUGCGUGCAGACGCUCGAGGGCCAUGGCGGUUGGGUGAGGUCGGUGGUGUUCUCGGCGGAUGGCCAGCGUCUCGCGUCGGGCUCGCACGACAAGACGGUCAAGAUCUGGGACGCGGCCACGGGCGCGUGCGUGCAGACGCUCGAGGGCCAUGGCGGUUGGGUGAGGUCGGUGGUGUUCUCGGCGGAUGGCCAGCGUCUCGCAUCGGGCUCGGGCGACGAGACGGUCAAGAUCUGGGACGCGGCCACGGGCGCGUGCGUGCAGACGCUCGAGGGCCAUGGCGGUUGGGUGAUGUCGGUGGUGUUCUCGGCGGAUGGCCAGCGUCUCGCAUCGGGCUCGGGCGACGAGACGGUCAAGAUCUGGGACGCGGCCACGGGCAAGUGCGUGCAUACACUGGACGUUGGGAGAAUAUUAUAUCGUUUUUCAUUCGAUCCAACGACAAACUCUCUCCUCUCUACGGACAUUGGACUUCUAAACCUGGAUCACCCGGCUCUACAGCCUGCCGUUGAUGAUCAGUCGACUGCAAUAACCUUACGGGGUGUUCGCCAUUCUGGCUGGGGUAUAAGCACCGACGGUGUAUGGAUUGUUAAAGAUGGAAAGGAGAUGCUUUGGCUACCUCCGGACUAUCGAGUGGGGGAAUACGCUGUUGUCGGAUCAACGGUCGCUAUCGGGUGUCGUUCAGGUCGUGUACUAGUGAUGAAGUUCUCUUAG